ACCAUGGAGUUUUUUGAAAGUAAAUUUUAGCAUUGAAAACAAAUUAGCAAACAGACUUCAACUUUUUCCUCUCACAGAUACAAGAUGUCUAUUGGAUUAUUAACAUCAACCAUUCAGGCAGCUAAAAGGAUACGGGAUCGAGCAAAUCCCAUGGUUCAGAGUGUGGGAUCAGGAAUUGCAGCCUUUAUAAAACCAGAAGAUAAUUACUCUUACCUAGAAAAGAAGAAAACUCGGUUAGAAUUAAUUCGUCUGAGUGCUGUUGUGUGUGGAAUAGAGCUUUGUUACGCCGCCGAGACUGCUUUUGUUAGUCCAAUUCUACUGAAACUUGGUGUUCCGGCACCUCUUAUGUCGUUGGUAUGGUGUUUAAGUCCAUUUUUUGGAAUUGUCUGCGUUCCUGUUUUAGGUUCUUUAAGUGACAAUUGUAGAUUAAAAUUCGGCCGCCGUCGACCCUUCAUAGUUUUAUUAGCAACUGGUAUUGUCAUUGGACUAAUCAUUGUUCCCAAUGGGAAAACUUUUGGAAUACAUUUAGGUGACCAAUCAGAAGUGAUGAUUAUCAAUGAAACAUUAGCAAAUAAUAACAACAAUAUAUUGGACACUCUUAAUACCACAACGAACCCAACUCUUCACCAAUACGUUAAAAAAGUCAACGAAACAGUCAAUGAAACAUUUUUGGAAGAACAAGACGAUAUAAGCUCACAUGUUUACGCAAAUCACAAAACAGGAAUUAUUCUUACAAUAUUAGGAGUGGUACUGUUGGACUUUAGCUGUGAUGCAGCACAGUCUCCAAGCAGAGCGUAUCUAUUGGAUGUUAGUAUCCCAGAAGAUCACCCCAAAGGAUUAAGUACCUUCACAAUUAUGGCGGGACUUGGCGGGUGCUUUGGAUAUAUCAUGGGAGGAAUAAACUGGGAUUUGAAACACACAGAGGAGUCCUCCUUAGAAGGACACAUAUUCGUGGUUUUUACAGCAGUAACGAUUUUCUUUAUUCUGUGUCUUGUUAUUACUUUAACAAGUUUCAAGGAGGUUCCACUGUCACACUUUGAAAAAUCAGUUGAGGAAAUUCAGAAGUCGAAAAAAGUUAAAGGAAAAUCCAAAUACGAAAAAUUUACUAACGAAGAGGAUGAUGACAGCAUAGAGGACGGAGAUGAAAAUUUAAAACAAUCAUCUACUCCAGUUCAAUAUGGAUCAACUGAUGAUUUUCCAAAUAAGAAAUCUCAGACUGAGAAUUUUCCCUGUGAGAAAGAUUCAAAUGAAACCAUAGCAAAAAAACCUUCUUCACAAAGCUCAAAUCUGAUUUCAUUAUUAAACGAAGUUAAAUUAAAAACGUACUUAGUAUCUAUCAUACGGAUGCCUAAGUCCCUGUUUGUUCUGUGUGUGACUAAUCUCUUUUGUUGGAUGUCCCUUGUUUGCUAUUCUCUGUAUUUUACGGACUUUGUUGGUCAGGCAGUUUUUAGAGGCGAUCCAAAGGCACCAAGACUAAGUCAUCUACACAAGCUUUACAACGAUGGUGUUCGAUUGGGAUCAUUUGGAAUGGCGCUGUAUUCUUUGUCUUGUGCUUUUUAUUCUAUGUUUAUUGAGAAACUGGUGGAAAAAUUUGGAGCAAAGUGGGUGUAUAUUGGAGGACAGUUUGUCUACUGUGUUGGCAUGAUCAUCAUGGCGGCCACUCAAAGUCGGGUGACUGUGAUUUUGCUUUCACCCACUGCUGGAAUUAUGUACGCCACACUAUUUACAAUGCCCUACAUGUUAGUGGCUAAUUACCAUACCAAGGGACAAUUUUCCGCAGAACCUCUGACAGAAAGCAGCAUACGGGGAUUAGGGACCGACCUCGCCAUCGUCAGCAGUAUGGUUUUUGUAGCACAGUUUGUUCUCUCAGCAUUUGUGGGGUCUGUGGUGGAUGCCGCAGGGAGUACUGUGGCGGUAGUGGUGGUAGCAGCAAUACUCAGCUUUCUUGGCGCGCUGUCUGCUACUCAAGUCCUGUACUUAGAUUUAUAA